AAUUGAUUAAAAUUAAAGUUCUCAUUUAUUUCGUUCAGAACACACGUGUAAAAAUGUUGCCAGUGUUACUCUUUAUUUGCUUUACACUAUUGGCUUUAAUUUAUAUAAACGGCAUUUACAAUGAAAAUUACUGGAGAAAACGUGGAGUUGCCUUCGAUAGGAAAAACAAAGUUAUGGGAGUGUUUUGGGAUUUCCUGACCAAGCGUCGAGCGCUUUUCGAACUCUUUUAUGAUAUAUACAAGGAGUAUCCAAAUGAACCUGCAGUGGGAAUUGGAUCUAUUGUAACACCAUCGCUGUACAUAAGAGACCCUAUUAACAUUCAACAUGUAUUGACAUCAGAUUUCAAUUCAUUCAGUCACAGAGGCUUCGACCCGAAUGAAGGCGACAUUCUUUCCGGUAACAUUCUGUUCUUAAACGGCCCAAAAUGGAAGUUGGUUCGACAAAGCAUGUCACCGCUCUUCACAUCAGCAAAAUUAAAGAGCAUGUACUACAUCAUGGAUAAAAGUGCACAAGAUUUCGUUCGUUACCUCAAGGACAACCCUAAAUUUAUGAAAGGAGACAUGUUCAAUACUCUAUCAACAUUUUGCAGUGCAGCCAUAUGUGCUUCUGUAUUCGGCGUUACCACGAAAUCAGUUUUUGACUCUCCUUUCCUCGAUAUUGCUAGGCGAUCAACAAGUGCAAGCUUGAAACGUAAUGUCAAAUUCACUAUUGCAAGUUUAAGUGAAUCCUUAUUUAAAAUGCUUGAUCUCCAUAUAUUUAAAGAGUUUGAAAACUUUUUUAUCACUGCAAUCAAGCAGGUUAUUCAUCAACGUAAGGUUGAAAAUGUUAAGAAGUAUGAUUUCGCAGAUAUUUGUGUCUCUUUACAAAAGCAAGGGAUGCUGAAAGACAUGGAUUCGGGGUUAGAGUUGGAACCAACAGACGAGUUACUCGCAGCUCAAGCGUUCUUCUUCCUCAUCGCAGGAGUAGAACCUACGGCUUCUGCAAUGUUGGCUACGUUGAUGGAGGUAGGAAAACACACAGAUGUUCAGAAGCGUCUUCAAAAAGAAAUCGACGAAGCAUUUGACAAGCAUGGGAACGAUAUUUCGUACGAUGUUGUCGCUAAUAUGGAAUACCUAGAUAUGGUAACGUGUGAGGCAAUGAGACUAAAUCCUUCUAUUGGUUUCUUAGCGAGGAAAUGUGUUAAAGAUACUGUUUUACCCACUGGUAAUAUCAAAGUUGACAAAGGCACCAAUAUAACGCUACCUAUUUACGAACUACAUCACGAUCCUAAAUAUCACCCGGAUCCUGAAAUAUUCAAUCCAGAAAGAUUUUCGGUAGAGAACAGGAAAAAAAUGUUGGACAUAACCUACAUGCCAUUUGGUAAAGGUAACAGAAAUUGUGUGGGUAUGAGAUAUGCGCAGUUGCAAGCAAAAUCAGGUCUGGUUCAAUUAUUGCGCAACUUUUCAGUUAAUACAAAUAUAUUAGAGGGCGGUGUUAAACAUCGUAAGGAACUUUUUCAAGUUAAAAUAAGCAAUGUAGAUAUUGAACUUAUACCAAGGCGAUAUAAUUAAUAAUCAUUUAAUGUAUGUAGUAAGUAAUAAUUAAUUAGUGAUUAUAUAAUUUUAACUUUUUCAAGUUAAAAUAAGCAAUGUAGAUAUUGAACUUAUUCCAAGGCGAUAUAAUUAAUAAUCAUUUAAUGUAUAGUAGUAAGUAAUAAUUAAUUAGUGAUUAUAUAAUUCGGAUACACAAACUAUUUUGAUUUAAAAUUUUAAGAGCAACUAAUAGAUCAUAAGGUUUUUUUUUAUUUUUUUAUUUAAGAAUUUUAUUUUAAGAAAGUUAUUAAAAUAUCUUUUGUUUUGAAUGUAUGAAUAAUGCUUUUACGGUUUAUUAAUUGAAAGUAAGUUUAAAAAUAACGUAGUUUAGAUAUCUAAUAAAAAUAGGAGGUAAACACUUAACACCAAAAAAACUUGAAAAUCGAUUCAGAUUUGACGGAGAAGUUGCCUUCAAACUACGGAAAUGUAAUAUCCAUACUUAAUACUAUAAAUGCGAAAGUGUGUCUGUCUGUCUGUCUGUCUGUCUGCUACGUUUUCACGGCCCAACCGCU